AUGGCGCUGUUGCAGCCCCGCCGAGUUCGCCGGCUGCUAGGAGUGCGGUUAUGCACGAGGCCGCCUGGGACCGCCACGCCGCUCGUGGCGAAUGUCACCCGCUGGAGCGCGAGCUGGCGCGGCCUGCUGGCUGCGGGCGUAGACGUCUGGUGCGCGCAGGAGGCGCGCAUUCCCUCCGCGGAGGCGGAGUCCGUUGUGGGUGCAGCCAGGGCGCGAGGCAAGGUGCUCCAGGUGGGGCCUGGCGCGGGGGGAUGCGCAACUCAUAUUUUGGAUUGCUACGGCUACGCUGGCGGCGCGCCUGACGCGGAGCGCAACGUGCUGGAGGGGCUCGAGUGGCUGCAUGGCCUCGGCGGGGCGCCUAUGCUGCUGGUGGGCGACCUCAAUUGCAGCAUCCGCGACUCCAGGCUGGAGGGCCUCCUGGGCAUGGCGGGGCCCAGGCCAUGGUGGCUAAGGGCUAGGGUUGGGUUGCGCUGGGACCUGGGGCUGGCGACGCACGCCGCGCUGCUGGUAGAGCUGCGGGUCGCGGCGCCGGAGCCGGCACUUCUGCGGCGACCGGUCGCAGCCUUGAAUGGCUGCGCCGUGGAGGGCCGGGGCGUCGAGGCGGCGCGUGCAACCGCAGCGGCUGCGCAGGCUGGCCGCGAGGCGGCGCUUCAGGGCGCCAUCGGCCGCCAUGAUCUCCCUGCCGCGUGGCAGCAGCUCAUUGCGGCCAUGCGGGAGUGGCUGGCGGUGUGGCGCGGGUUACCUGCUGCCCCAGAGCGCCCGCACGCGGCGGCAGCAUGGCAGGCCGACCGCACUCCCACAGCCGGCGGCGGGGGCGAGGCGGCGGACGCUGCGGCGGAUGCGGCGCUUCUCAAGCUUCGGCGGCUGCGCGGCUUCCAGCGCGCUCAAAGGCGACAAGGAGAAGCGGCGCGGCGCGUCGCGCAAGCCACCUUGACCGCCCUGCGGGCCGCGGACGCUGCCCGCGCCACCUGGGCGCGGGACCUCGCGACGGUCAUCUUCGAGGGCGGCGCCGUGGACGCCGCGCUCGUGCCAGAUCCGACGGUCGAUGCCGGCGCCGCCAGUGCCGCGGUCGGGAGCAAGCCUUGGCCCCUCGCACUUCGCGGCGGCCCUGCAGCGCAGCUCCGCUACUUCGAAGGGCCUUGGCGCGAGCUGCGGCAGCGGCAGGCGCAGGAAGCGCUCGACGAGGGAUGGUUGCAGGAGCUGGGCGGCCCCCCGCCGUUCCCAGAGCGCACUCCUUGGACCGCUGAGCUCGUGGCGGGGCUCCUGCGCCGCAUGCCCAAAAGGAAAAAGCCAGGGCUCGACGGGGGGGCGAUCAGCGAGCUUCGCCUUCUGCCGGCCGGGCUGCACGGUUGGAUCGCCCUGGAGGAGGUGGAGGCGACCGGGGAGUGGCCCCGAGAGCUCGCGGAGCCGGAGGUCCUACUGCCCCCUUGA